AUGGCAAUGUCUCAAAGUUUGGUUUGUGUGAUUUUUUGCACAUUUCUAAUGGCAAGUCUCCACAAAGCUGAUGGACAAAGUGAAGUUAUAUGCGAAAGGGGAGAUGUUGAGAAAUCGAAACCAAUCGAUGGGCCAUUUGACCAGUGUAAGAUCCAAACUUUGGGCAUGGCUGCCUUUAAUUAUCAAAACAAUAGCGAGUUGCGGUGCUCGUUGUCUGUAGAAAACCCUGUAUGUAAUUCCGAAAACCAAAAAUUCUCAAAGUCCAAGCAUCCACGUGCAUCUUGUAAAAAUAAGUGCCUAGAAGUGAAGGACUACGGCCUCAAAUAUUCUAGCCAAGUUUGUUUGUGUACCCCAAAGUGCUAUCUAUAUAGUAACUGUUGCUAUGACUACCACACCGAAUGCAACAAAAAUUCACACCAACAAGAUGAACUGACCAACACUGACAUCCUGGCCAAUAUUAAUCCGAAACUCUUCGAUAUUAAUUGGUAUGCAAACUAUAGUUUCUCAGAAAACGAUCUUCGCAACUUAAGGUAUCUUGAUCGUCGUCCAGAAGCUAGUUGCAGAUUCUUGAGAUACGUUGAGUUGCCACCGGAUGAUUUUUAUUCCCCUUUGGACAAUUGGAUCAAGAAGUUCUACUAUACCUAUAUUGGCUGUAACCAUGACUACCCAGCAGGUGAUGUUAGAGAGAAAUGUGAGCGCGGACAAAAGGGGGAAACUUUCAAUGACAUAUUGAGAAGUCUUGUUCCUGUGACUUCUAAUCGAACUGGCGCAACGUACACCAACAUUUUCUGCGCAAUGUGCAACUUCGAAUCGCUUUCUGAACUGCUUUAUUGGAAGACAGAAAUAAGGUACAUUGCUAAGUUGAGAGAACUGGGUGAGAAAUUGAAAGAAAUAACCCUUGAUGAUCUUGAUAGUCUAGUAGAUUCUAUACAAAACAAUGAUAUAAGUUUUAAUUUCCAACCCCCUGGGGAGCAAAUCGAAAAAUGGCUUGAACCAUGUUUACCUGGAGACAUCAUCCAAUGUAAUUCAUCUCUCAGUGAGGAAAUUUCGAAUUUUCAUGUUUUGCAAGUUGCUUGCAAAUCAUACGCUUUGAAAACAUUCGUCGUAGCUGAAGACUUGAACAUCGGAAAGACAAUAAACAUAUUUUUUAAGAAUGCUGCAUGUGCUCUUUGCAAUGGAUACAACGAAUCACAAAUACGACCUCUUGGGCUCUUCGGUGAUUCUCAAAGUUUCGGUGAGCUGCCUCCGUCCAUGGCCAUUCUCUUAGAUUUCUCCCACAGCGGCCUGACUGCCACUAGAACCAAGACAGGUGAGGAAAUAAAAGGUAUGGGAAGAAAAUGCGAGGAGACAGAAAUAUACGAUCUUGCUGUUGAUAAAUGUAGACCUGUUCUUUGUGGUAAAACUGGCUUAAACGUCGAUUCUAGUGUAUGUUCUGUGCUUGCAUCUCGCCACAACAAUGCAUCUUUUACUCAAAAUGUAACAAAUGAAUUAUUUCUGCAAUGUUCUGUUAUCAAACUUGACAAAGAUGAAUUCGAAAGCAAUGGCUCAUCUCUAUAUUUGAAGAGAAUCGAUGAAUAUCUGUUGGAAAACCAGUUCAUUAUCUUCAACUCAUCUGCUUUUGUCUGCGCAAAUUACAGUUCAGAAUUCAGUAAAUUGAUGUUUUUUGAUUACUCAUACUUGCAAAGAAUCAUGUCCCAAGUAGGAAACAUAAUAUCUCUCAUAUCACUGGGUAUAACCUUCGUCACAUUCUCCAUAUUUCCUUCCCUCCAGACACUUCCUGGCAAAUGCAUAAUGAACCUUUCUGUUGCUAUUUUCAUUGCUCAACUACUGAUGGUAUCCGUCAUGAAUGAGACAUCCAUACCGCUUGUUUGUACUGGUAUCGCUGUGACGGAGCAUUAUUUCUGGUUGUCGUCUGCGUUCUGGUCAAACGUCUUGUCAUUUGAUAUCUAUUUUACAUUCAGGCAUAAAUUUCAAGUUGUGAUGACAUCAAUGAGAACAAAACGAUUUUACGUUUAUCUUGUGUACGCAUGGGGCAUGCCCGCCGUUGCUGUCAGCUUCUGUUUCGUUGUUGAUUACUAUCAACUCUGGGGAUUAACAAUUGGUUAUGGCAGUAGCACUGCUUGUUGGAUCAGCAACCCAAAUGCCCUUCUCUUUACGUUUGCUUUGCCCUUGGGUCUCAUACUCAUUGCUAAUGCAGUGUUUUACAUCAACACGGUACUGAAAAUAUCUGAUAUAAGAAAUCUUGCUCAGACUGUCAAAUUACGAGGAUAUCGCAAAAGCAACAAUUGGCAGUAUUUCAAGAUGGCAAGCAUCAUGGGGUUUACUUGGAUCAUGGGUUUUGUUGCUGCAUUUUCUCAAAUCUUGGCGUUCUGGUAUGUUUUCAUUGUGAUGAAUUCCCUUCAGGGUGCGUUCAUUUGCUUUUCGUUCGUGUGCACACGAAGAACCUUCCGACUUUCUAAAGCAUUCUUUGGCUUGGGUGACAGUAGCGACCAGACCUCAUCGUUUCGAGUUGUUUUUAGUCAGAAAUCACAAUCUAAGACCACGAAAUCAAUUGGACAAGAGGUGUCAAAAGGAGGUAGCGUUCAGACCGUGGAGAAAUCAUCUCCACCUCUCGUACGCAGAGACACACCACCAUCUCCUUUCGGAUAUGAUGAACCACCUCAAAUGCUGGAUGGGAUACUUGUUAGUCUCAAUGAAGUGGAACUGAACAAAAAUCCAUAGGCUUAAAUUGUUUUGCUAUGUCGAUUAUCUUAAAAUUUGGAUCGAGAGCUCUGUUCGUCAAAAAUUAUUUUUACAAAAAAUCGGGGUUACUCAAGAAAGAUUUAUGACUUAAAAAUGGGGGGAUCACAUGAAAAAUCGUAGUUGUAAACACUAAAAACUGGAAUUUAAAUCGGGGCUUGACAGAUCUGGUAUUUCCGUCCGUCAACAUUGGCUGCACAAAUUAAAACUGCUAUUCGGAUUGAGUCAUAUCCACAGUCAUUUU